UGAUUCUACCAUACUACAAAAAUGGGAAAACACCAGGGACUGAAGGUAAUCCUAAGGAUAUUGUUUUUCGCCGGCAUGUGGUAGAUCGAAUGCCAAUUGAUUGUUGGAAUGAUGUUUGGAGAAAACUGCAUCAGCAAAUUGUAAAUGUUGAUGUCAUUAAUGUGGAUACUGUACCUUUUGAAGUUUACACAACUGUCGCAACUGCAGUCAUAUGGUCUAUGCGUCUUGCUGUGGCUGUUGGGUUUUACGUGUGGAUUGAUAAUUUGAUGAGACCAAUAUAUUCAAAGUUGAUACCUUGUGAUUUAGGAUCUCCUACCCAGCAAACUAAGCAGCCACUCAAACGCCAAGCACUUGGAUCGCUGGGCAAAAGUCGGGCUAAAUUUAUAUCUGCAGAAGAAAGAACUGGUGUCACUUUUGAUGAUUUUGCUGGCCAGGAAUAUAUAAAGAGGGAAUUGCAAGAGAUUGUACGAAUUUUAAAGAAUGAUGAGGAGUUUCAAGACAAAGGAAUUUAUUGCCCAAAAGGUGUGCUUCUCCAUGGACCUCCAGGAACGGGUAAAACUCUACUGGCUAAAGCCAUCGCUGGGGAAGCAGGGUUGCCUUUUUUUGCGGCAAAUGGCACAGAUUUUGUAGAGAUGUUUGUAGGGGUUGCUGCAUCACGUGUUAAGGAUCUUUUUGCUAGUGCAAGGUCAUUUUCACCUUCUAUCAUAUUUAUUGAUGAGAUAGAUGCUAUUGGUAGCAAGCGUGGAGGACCUGACAUUGGUGGAGGAGGUGCUGAACGGGAACAAGGCUUACUUCAGAUACUUACUGAGUUGGAUGGAUUCAAAGUUUCUACAGCACAGGUGCUUGUGAUCGGUGCUACAAAUAGAUUAGACAUUCUUGAUCCUGCUUUGUUGAGGAAGGGUCGUUUUGACAAGAUCAUUCGAGUUGGUUUGCCAUCAAAGGAUGGAAGAUUUGCCAUUUUGAAGGUGCAUGCUAGGAAUAAAUUCUUUCGCUCCGAGGAGGAAAAGGAGAUUCUUCUUAGGGAAAUUGCAGAGCUUACAGAAGAUUUUACUGGAGCAGAGCUACAAAAUAUACUGAAUGAAGCUGGAAUUUUGACAGCCAGGAAGGAUUUGGAUUACAUUGGGCGAGAUGAGCUACUUGAGGCAUUAAAGAGGCAAAAAGGAACUUUUGAAACAGGGCAAGAGGAUAGUGCUGAAAUUCCUGAAGAAUUGAAGCUUAGACUGGCAUACAGAGAAGCGGCAGUUGCUAUUCUUGCAUGUUAUUAUCCUGAACCACACCGCCCUUUUGUUGAGACUAAUAUAAACUCAAUCCAGAGCCGGCCAAAUAUGAGUUAUUCUGAGACUACUGGCCAAGUUUUUGCGAGGAAGUCAGAUUAUGUAAAUUCUAUUAUCCGUGCAUGUGCUCCAAGAAUAAUUGAGGAGGAGAUGUUUGGAAUUGACAACUUAUGUUGGAUCUCUGCAAAGUCAACGUUAGAAGCUUCAAGGCGUGCUGAGUUUUUAAUUUUACAGACAGGAAUGACAGCAUUUGGGAAAGCAUACUUCAAAAACGAAAGUGAUCUUGUACCUAAUCUUGCAAUGAAGCUUGAAGCGCUCCGAGAUGAGUAUAUGCGUUAUGCUACAGAAAGGUGUUCAUCCGUGCUCAGAGAAUACCAGGAAGCAGUUGAGACAAUCACAGAUAUUUUGCUUGAAAAGGGGCAAAUCAAAGCUGAGGAGAUAUGGGACAUUUACAAGAGUGCUCCUCGUCUAACUCAGCCUCCUGUGAGUCCAGUUGAUGAAUAUGGAGCACUGAUUUAUGCUGGACGAUGGGGAAUCCAUGGGAUCAGCCUUCCGGGAAGAGUUACAUUCGCACCUGGCAAUGCCGGGUUUGCGACCUUUGGAGCUCCUCGCCCAACCGAGACACAAAUUGUGAGCGACGAAACUUGGAAGCUAGUAGAUGGUAUAUGGGACAAAAAGAUUCAAGAUAUUAGAGAUGAAUCUACAAAGGUGAUCGAAGAAGAGAAAGAAACGCCACAACUUUUGAUGGCAAGCCAUUUCCUUUGACACCCAGUACUACAGAAACACAUCGUAAUUUAUGAUGUCAGAGAGAUACCUUAUUAUUAAGGCAGUUGUAAAUUUAUGAGUUGAUUUCCAAUUUUGCUGUAGUUUUAUCCAUGUACUCUAUAAUAAAUUAGAGAAGAUUUUUGCACUGUUCA